AUGUCCGACCCCUCGUCCCCGGCUACUGGGAGGGACGAGAGAGUCAGCGUCGAGAACAGCAACAAACACCUCCGACAAUCACCUAGAGAAUGCUUCGCCGACCUGUUCAACUGGAAAGUGCGAGUAGAAGAGACCGACCCCGUCACAGGCGUCACUCGUGUCGAAUAUCGUGAUCCAGGACCACUCAAGAAUCCCAUCUCGCUGGCCGCUCAGCUCUCGCUGCGUGACUGGCUCUUCUUCCUCGUCGGGCUGUUCGCGUGGAUCUGUGAUGCAUACGACUUCCACGCGCUCUCAAUCCAAACAGUCAAGCUAUCAAAAUACUUCAAGCAGACGAAGACUUCCAUCUCGACAGCCAUCACGCUCACUCUCCUGCUGCGGUCUGUGGGAGCAGCCGCGUUUGGCCUGGCGGGAGACAAAUGGGGACGUAAAUGGCCCAUGGUGGCUAACAUGAUCGUGCUGGGCGCCCUUCAGAUCGCGACUAUAUACUGUGCUACCUUCUCACAGUUCUUGGCCGUGCGGAGUCUCUUUGGCCUGUUCAUGGGCGGCGUGUAUGGGAAUGCGAUUGCCAUGGCGCUCGAGAACUGUCCCACCAACGCGCGAGGGCUGAUGUCUGGUGUCCUGCAGCAGGGCUAUUCCAUGGGCUAUGUCUUUGCAGCUUGUGCAAACCUGGGAGUUGGCGGGUCCACGGAAUCGUGGAAGACGGUCUUCUGGAUCGGAGCAGGCAUCUCCUUCCUGUCUGGUAUUAUUCGCGUGUUUCUGCCAGAGUCUAAGCAGUUCCUUGAAGCACGCAAAGCACGCAAGGAAGGGUUGAAGAAGGGAGCUAGUGCCAGCGAGUUCUGGAGGGAUACCAGAAAGAUGUUGGCGCAGGACUGGAAGCUCGUCAUAUACUGUAUCUUCCUGAUGGCGUGGUUCAACUUCUACAGCCACACGUCACAGGACAGCUAUACGACGUUCAUGCUGACGCAGAAGUCGCUGAAUAACUCUGCAGCCUCACGGACAUCUAUCCUGAUGAAGGUUGGUGCCUGUGUUGGUGGGACUAUCAUCGGAUACAUCUCCCAGUGGUUUGGCCGUCGCCGAGCCAUCGUCUUGUCCGCGCUGCUAUCCGCCAUCCUUAUCCCCGCCUGGAUCCUGCCACACGGCGAACAAUCGCUAUCGGCCUCUGGUUUCAUGAUGCAGUUCUUCGUCCAGGGCGCGUGGGGUGUUAUCCCAAUCCACCUGAACGAGCUGUCCCCGCCGGCGUAUCGAUCCAGUUUCCCCGGCCUGACGUACCAGCUAGGCAACAUGAUCUCAUCCCCGUCCGCACAAAUCGUAAAUGCGAUUGCCGAGUCGAUGAAUGUCCGCGGAGAUAACGGGAAGCCGGCGCCUGCCUACGGGGUGACGAUGGGAGUUGCAACUGCGAUCAUCGCGGUAGGAAUCAUGGUGACGACCUCGUUUGGGCCCGAGAUGAGGGGAAGGAAGUUUGAGCUCGCCAAGGUUGCUGGGCAGGUCGGGGGAGAUGAAGGAAGGGUCAAGAAGGGUGACAUUGAGGCCGGGGGCGAGAAGACGGGUGAGAAGACGAGCGAGAAGACAAGCGACGAGCUGGGGAGCGUGUAUCAGACAAGGCGAUCGAGGCCGAGAAGUGAGGGCGCUAAAGAUGACAUAAGCGCCGAGCGUCUGUUCCAAGUAUAUGCAGCUGCCAGGCUGAUCGACACUGCACCCGGCUCCUCUGGCAGGAUCACGCGAGCGAGCAUUCUAUCCGGCCCUCCGCCCCUCGACGGAGCCACGUACCAUCCAGCCUCUCGAGUUCGUCCGUCUCGUCUGACCUCAUCUCGGGCUCGGGCUCGCACCGCGGAGGGACCAGCCCUGCAAGCUGUCGCCGUUGGGCCCUCUGAGGCGGAAGAUCUGGCGCCCGAAGACGGAGUUACCAAGCAGGCUGUGACGCACUAUCAGUGCAGUCCGUACGCAGACGGCCACAUAGGGAUACUCGUGUUUGAAGAUACGUUUAAGAUAUGUUUGAGAUAUGCGUUUGGAGAUACGUUUGAGGAUACAUUUGAGGAUACAGGAAAACGAGGUAUCUCUGCAUCGUCCGCCAUCCGAAGCAUCCGUCUGCUGCUUCCGCUCUCUUCACGCCUACGCCGCCGCAUCCGCUCCAAGCUGCGCUCACGAACCUCUCCUUCAUCUUCCAUCACUCGUCUCUCCACGUCGUUCUCGCCCCUGGAUACUCUCAAGGCUCUGCAGGCUCACCGAUGGACCAUAUAUGAUGGCCAGUACCUCUUGCUUAUCGUGUUGGGGAUCUUCUCCCUAUGCAUUAUCGAGUCUCCGGGUCCGUUGGCGAAGACCAUCGUUGCGAUGGGGUUGAUCAGCUCGCUGCUCAUGCCGAUAACGUGCCAGUUCUUCCUUCCUUUCUUACCGCCAAUCUGCUGGCUGAUCUUCUUCUAUGCUUGCCAAUUCAUUCCUAGUGAUUGGCGACCACCGAUCUGGGUCCGCGUCCUUCCUGCUCUGGAAAACAUAAUCUACGGCGCAAAUCUCUCCAACAUCCUCUCUGCUCACCAAUCCACCGCCUUGGACCUUCUGGCCUGGCUUCCAUACGGCAUUAUGCACUACGGCGCCCCUGUCGUCUGCGCCAUCUUCCUCUUCAUCUUCGGUCCACCGGGAAUAACUCCAAUCUUCGCCCGUAGCUUCGGAUACAUGAAUAUUGCUGGCGUAAUCAUCCAGUUCCUCUUCCCUUGUUCGCCACCAUGGUAUGAGAACCUCUACGGCCUUGCGCCGGCUCACUACGGUAUGCCGGGCGAUCCCGGUGGUCUAGCACGUAUCGAUACCUUGUUCGGCAUAGAUCUAUACACUUCCGGUUUCUCAGCUGCACCUGUGCCCUUUGGCGCAUUUCCAUCUCUGCACGCAGGCCAUGCUACCUUCGAAGCUCUUUUCAUGAGCCAUGCUUUCCCCAAACUCAAGCCAGUAUUUAUCACCUAUGUCGUCUGGCUAUGGUGGUCGACCAUGUACCUGUCUCACCACUACGCCGUCGAUCUCAUCGGCGGAGGUCUCCUCGCCGCCGUGACAUUCUAUUAUGUCAAAUCUCGCUUCCUUCCACGCAUUCAAUCCGACAAGUUCACACGCUGGGACUACGACUAUGUUGAAGUUGGUAGUUCCGACAUGACAAUGCCUGGCUCGUACGGAUAUGGUGUCGCCGACGGGCUACAGAUGGAUAGCGACGAAUGGACAGUCGGAUCCAGCUCAUCGAUUUCUUCUGGCUCCUUGAGUCCUGUUGAUGAGCAAUCAUUGUGGGGUGGGGAUGCGGAGGUCGUACCAAAGCGCUCGGCAGACCUGGAAACAGGCCUGGGUAUCGCGAGGUGA